CUUUACUCGUUACUUGAAAAAAGUAAUCAGAUUACAGUAACGCGUUACUGCCCAUCUCUGCUUCAGGUGACGUAAAAUCACUGAACUGAAUCCCCAACCCCAGAGGCAAUCUUUUAAUACAGGAGUUGACAGAGAUUGACUCUCUUUUGGGGCCAGUAGAGGAAACCAAUCUGCAGUAAAAGGCGGUCGUGUGCCAAUAAGAAGGCAGCUGCAUGUUCAAGUAAACCAUCUCAGUAUUUUGGCUCUCAGCUACAAGGACAUUUCUUUCUUCUUACAAACAAAACUUUUGCAAAAGGUCACAAAUUCUUUGCGAAGAAGCAAAGAAACAGCAGUUGGUGUCUGUGAGUGUGGAAGGUCCGCUUCAGUCCAAGCGAUGUAAAUUUCACCAUCAGGAGGGGAACGUGUGCCCUGCAGUUUGUCACGACACUCUGGCUACAAUCCACCAUAUGCACGGAUCCUCUAGGCAGACUUGAAAACAAGAAUAAAUAAAGGAUAAAUAAGGAGAGCUCUUUCAGUGGGUCUGCAAACAAGCAGAGUCCUGGUUUCAGUCACGUUCAACAGCGCUAUUGGUGGAUUUUGAAGCUUCAUCACACAUUGAACCAGUAGAGCAGUCCUGAUCUAUGUUGCAUUAAACUUGCAUGACAUAUAUAACUGUUCCAUUCCUCAGGUAAAGCAAGGUAAACAUAAAGUUCAUAUAAUGCCUACCGGUAUAUGCUUAUGUACUUGAACGCUACACAUGUGCUAAAUAUGGUUUUGGUGUUACAGAGAAUGGAUGCCUAGAUCUGUACUCUUACUGUUACGGCCUGUUAAUUCUGUCCAGAGAGAAAGAAAUGUGGAAACACAAGUGAUUCCAUGUCAUGGCAACCACAGAAACAAACCAUGAAUCUGAUCCACGCUGAAAUACUGCAAGUGGGAAAGGGUUUUCAAGGCCGAAGGCGGAGUUUGUGGUGUGGAUUCAUAAUGGCACAUUUACAUGAUGAAGCCGCUCCCUGCUCAGGCUAAAUGGCUAUCACUGUUGACACAGAUUAGCAUGCCUUACUCACAGGCAUGGACCAUUUGAUGUUUUUAUUUAUUUUUUAUUUUAACUUAUUAAUAGUACUACACAGAUAUGAAAGGGGAGCAAAGAAAAUUCUGUAUUGGCUGAAAAAUAAAUUCCUGAGAUCACAAAGAGCGAAUUCAGAUUUUGGCCUAGAAGAAGUCUUUAAAGACAUGAAAAAUGGCUCAGUUUAAUAGAGUAGACAAAGCCCGGUUUCUGCUGUAAACACAAUAAAAAAAAUUAAAAAAAAACUUCAAGUCAGAGCUGGAUUGUUAUCAAGCUUGGCUAGGAGUGAGAGUCCUGGGUCCCUUCCAAAUCAAUAGUGACUGGAAUGUGCCUGUGAGACCUCCAAGGCCUCAGAGAGAAGCUUUGCCUUCAGACCAAAUAAGGGCAGGAGCAGCAAGACCCAUCAACCAGAGCAAGAGGAGGCCAGCCAGACCUCGAGCUGCCCGGGGAUGAGAAGCAUUAGUGGGGGCUGGCUUCUGACAGAAGCUGGUUUACAUCUUCAGUCUGUGUGUGGACACGAGUUCAUUUAGGUAAGCAGUGACUGAGCCAGAAGUGGUUAUGAGUAAAACAAGCAAUGCUUUGGUUUUACCUCAUCAUCAUGACAAACACUGGCUUCUAUUCGGAGAGGAGGAAUAGUACUGUAAAAGAAGCAACGAGACACGCUCAAACAGAAUUAGACAGACUUGAGAGUCAGUUCCCAAAAUCUGACCAAUUACCUCACUCACGGGGCGGGAGCUGUCCAUCCUCCUCCCCCUGACCCCCUCACUUGGUUCAAAAUCUCCAUCACUUUGAUAUUCCACUGCUCUUUAACUGUGAUCCCCACAGUGUGCAGUUUACUGUCUGUGCUGCUGUCAAAACAGCAGGGAGACUUUAAAGGGUCAUGCCACUUAACGUGGUGCUGGAUGGGCCGGCCCCCUGGGGCUUUCGUCUGACAGGAGGAAAGGACUUCAACCAGCCCCUGACCAUCUCCAGGAUCACUCCUGGCAGUAAGGCAUCUGCUGCCAACCUGUGCCCUGGUGAUGUCAUCCUGGCUAUUGAGGGAGUCCCAGCAACAAACAUGCUGCAUUGUGAAGCUCAGAACAAGAUAAAGGAAUCCACUCAUCAGCUCUGUCUCACCAUUGAAAGAAACGAAUCAAGACUGUGGACUCCACGUGCCAUGGAGGACGGGAGAGCUCACCCAUUUAAAAUAAACCUGGAAGCAGAGCAGCAGGAAUAUAAACCAAUUGGCACAGCUCACAAUAGAAGAGCUCAGCCAUUUGUGGCAGCAGCGAACAUUGAUGACAAGCGCCAGGUAGUCAGCACAUCCUACAACACGCCUAUAGGCCUCUACUCCAGUGGCAACAUCCAGGAUGCUAUGGAGGGCCAGAUCCGAGGCUUGGUCCAGCACAAGCCUGAGAGUCCCAGAGCUCUAACCAGCAUUGAGGAUUCUGACGUUUACCGGAUGUUACAGAAAGACCAGGAGGAUCCCCAGGAGCCUCGGCAGUCUGGCUCCUUCAAAGCCCUCCAGGAAUUUAUUGACAGUGAUGGCACUCGCCCCAUUGUGACCAGGACAGUAAAAGCGCCCACAACCAAACCAACUACGCCCACAGGAAACCUGCAGAAACUGCCUGUCUGUGACAAGUGUGGGAAUGGGAUUGUUGGGACAGUGGUGAAAGCUCGGGACAAAUAUCGUCACCCUGGUUGCUUUGUGUGCUCUGACUGUGAUGUCAACCUGAAACAGAAGGGCUAUUUCUUUGUGGAGGGACAGCUGUACUGUGAGAUCCACGCUCGUGCCAGAAUGAGACCAGCGGAGGGACACGACCUCGUCACAACAUUUCCCUCUGUAUAGAACCCUGCCUCCCUUAUAUGAGCACAGACACAUAAAAUCUAGGAAGCCCUUCUAUUCCUUACAUACGUGUUCAUGUGUUCGUCUGCACUUUGGUGCUGUGUGUAAUAAUAUUUCAGUAAGAAUACACUCUUCACUCUUACUGAUAUGAUGUAUUUUCUAGGCAAUAAUGUAAACACCUGGUUGCUUAGAGAGUCCAGCGAAACCACAAUCUGUCUUUCCAAUAAAGGCCUCUGCUCAUAAUGUUAAA